AUGUCAACACGGAGAAAAACAUCGACACCGCAAGAGCGUCGACCCGUUUCCCCAAGCGCCACACCAAGUCCAGCGCUUGGAAUCAUCCUCGCAAUUGCCCGUAAAAUUCUCUUCAUCGACGCCAAAAAAAUCGCCGUAUUCUACUUGGCUUUUGUCACAAUUCUAUCAAUUAUCGAAUCGCGCGUCGAACUCGAUUCCACCUAUUAUUUGGUGCAAAAGCAUAGUAUUUUGAAUCAAUAUGGUGUAAAAUUGGGAUGGUUUUGGACAUGUGUAAUUGUUGGUCCUUUUAUUUGGUUGACAUCCCGAGCACAUUAUAGAAGAGAUCGUGAUCAACCGAUUGUGGAUAUUUGUAGAUUGGGUGUUGCAACUGUUUUUUGGUGGGGAUCUGUGCAAUUGUGAGUUUUAAAAAAUUUCUGGAAAACCCUCAUUUUUACGUCAAGUAUCUUUCAGAUUCCAUCGAGUAUUUGCCUCAACUUCCACUUGCGAUAAAGGCCGCCGUUUAACUCGAACUCAAUGCUCUGAAAAAGAAGGAGUCUGGACACCAGGAUAUGACAUCUCUGGACACUGUUUCCUUAUGGUUUAUUCGAUUUUAAUCAUGGCUGAGGAAGUAAGCGUAUAAUUAUCUUGCUCAAAAACAUCCUCAAAUAUUCCAGGCCAUUUCAUUCCGCCACUACCAACAAGUAACCGAUUCGGUCAAUGAAAUGGAUGGAGAUCGAGCUGAACAUGAUUAUUUGACCCGAAUUAUUCAGUAUUUUUUCGUCGCCAUGCUAUUUUUACACGCAUUCUGGUUCAAACAAAUUAUCAUUUCUGUUUUGUAUUAUCAUAUCUUCAUUGAAGAGGUGAGCAUUUUCGGGUCAAUUCGGAAACAAGGGAAAAAUUAAAUUGCUAGAAUUUUCAAAAGAUGAUUUUUGAAGUCCAUCCAGAGUUCAUCAAAUCUCACGAAUGAACCUUUCAAAUCUAAUAGAUGUUCACAGUUCAGUUAAAAUUUAUCCACCAUUCACAAGUACGUAUUAUUAUUAUCAAUUAAUUUCCUGGACUCUCAAUUCGAUACAACGAUCAUUAUAUUUUAAAUGAAUUGUCUGAUAUUCCGAAAAUACAUCCAUCUCCGUUUCAAAAAUUCAGUGUUUUAAUUUUUUCAAAAUCAUCUUUUUCUUCCCAAGUUCUGUGCGGGGCCAAUGUUUCCGUGUUGAUAUCGAAUCCAAGUCUUUCGGAGAAUCUUAAACAUAUUCAUUCAUUCCUUCUUUUUUUUUAAAUUGAAUCAACGACUAGGGACUUCACCCCUAGUUGAGCGUGUCUCCCAGGCAAAAAAAGAUUUUUUUCAAUUCCUGAUUAUCUGGGUCACGUGAAAUUCUGAUAAAUAUAUAUUUAUCAAAAGUGCCUCAUUUCUUGAAUUGCAAUCAUUUUACGCCUAAAAACUUGAAAUUUAGUUCGAUAAUGAUGGAUUUGUAAAACUGGAAGGUCUUCCAGAUUACAAAUUUUUGAACGAAAAAAAUGUUGAUCAAAAAAUAGCAUUUUCUUUAGAAAGUUCUCAAUAAAUGCUCACUUAAUGAAUUGCAAUCAAUUUAAGAUUUAAAGCGUCCAGAGAAAAUUUUUUUCUGAAAAAAGGUAAAUAGGCUAUUUUUCUCACGUCAAAUUUUUUCAUCAAGCAUUUUCUAAGCAAAUUGAUGGUCACUUCUUGUGUCAGAAAUGAUCAAGUGGUUAGAUCGCGUGUUUUUGUUCAGAAGGUCCAGGAUCGGAUCCUCUAAGUUUCAUUCCAUGUUUAGUGUUAUUUUAAAAAUUGUGCUGCAAUUUCAUUAGCUGAGUAUUCAAUUUUCUCUAUUUUUCUAGAUCCUUGGUGUCCUCACCGCUGUUCUUUGCUGGUUCGUUACCUACCGCAUCAUCUACCCCUCCGGCUUUCUUCAAGCUCCGAUUCGUCGUGUAUCUUCCAGAAAAUGA